AUGUCUGUGACCAGCGGGAAGACGGGACCAUCCCUGACCCGGGAGAUCCUGAGCCACCUGGGCCUUGCCAAUAAGACUGCAGCUUGGGGGACCCUGGGUACCCUCAGGACCUUCUUGAGUUUCAGUGUGGACAAGGACGUACAGAAGCUGCUGAGGGCCAUUGCAGGCCAAGGUGUGGACCGCAGCACCAUUGUGGAUGUGCUGACCAAUCGGAGCAGAGAGCAAAGGCAGCUCAUCUCUCGAGCCUUCCAGGAGCGCACCCAACAGGACCUGCUACAGUCCCUGCAGGCAGCGCUCUCCGGCCACCUCGAGAGGACUGUGGUGGCCCUGCUGCAGCCUGCAGCCCGUUUCGAUGCCCAGGAAUUGAGGAGAGCCUUGCAGGACUCAGGUUCUGCUGAGUAUGUGGCCAUGGAAAUUCUUGCCACCCGAACCCCACCCCAGCUGCAAGAGUGCCUGGCAGUCUACAAACACGAUUUCCAGGUGGAGGCUGAGGAGGACAUCAAAUCUAAAACCAGUGGCAUCUUGCGGGACCUACUCCUGGCCCUGGCCAAGGGGGCCCGUGAGAGCUACUGUGGAAUCAUUGACUACAACCUGGCAGAACAGGAUGUCCAGGCAUUAGAGCGGGCUGAAGGACCCAGCACAAAGGGGACGUGGGUCCUUAUCUUCACCCAGAGAAAUCCUGAACACCUUGUCCGAGUGUUCCGUCAGUACCAGCGGUACAUGGGGCAUGAGCUGGAGAAGACUGUCCGGAACCGUUUCCAUGGGAAUGCCCAGGCUCUGCUCAGCCUAGCCUCAGUGAUCAGGAACACACCGCUGUACUUUGCUGAUAAACUUCAUCGAGCCCUCCAGGAAACUGAACCCAAUUACCAAGUCCUGAUGCGUAUCCUCAUCUCUCGAAGUGAGACUGACCUCCUAAGCAUCCGAGCUGAGUUCAAAAAGAAAUUUGGGAAGUCCCUCUACUCUUCCCUCCAGGACGCAGUGAAAGGGGACUGCCAGUCAGCCUUACUAGCCCUGUGCAGGGCUGAAGACAUUUGAGGCCUCCC